AUGUCGCUUCCGGGUGACGUCAUUGCGUUACGCGCACGCUUUGCGCAUGUGCAAAAGUCCCCCACUUGGGAGCAAAGAGGACUUGCUAACCGGAAUGAUCAGAGAAAUGAGGAAGACAAGGAACUUCAUCAACUCUUGCCAGAUGUAGCCGAGAAUGAAGACUUGAGAGGAGACUUCGGGAAUCAAGGCAGAGGUCAGAGGCAAAAAGGAAGCCACACGAUUGAGAAGACGGAUCAAACCAUUCCUUCUCAAGGAGGGGAUUUCCAUGAAGUAAAUCUCCAUGAAGCUGAGGAAACAUACAAGUGUUUGGAGUGUGGAAUGAACUUCUCAGAUCAAACCCAAUAUAAAGACCAUUUACAAAUGCACAGUGGAAACAAGAUCCAUCAAUACAUGGACUGUGGGAAAAGCUAUCUUUGUAGAGCAGAACGACUUAGAUAUCUAAGAACACAUUCAAGGGAGAAACUUUACAGCAGUUCACUCAGUGGCAAGAGGAUCUCAGAGAAAUCAGGUUUUGUACAUUCAGGAGAGAAACCAUUUAUCUCUUCAGAGGGUGGAAUGACGUUCUCUGAUGGGAAAAAAGAGCAUUAUAGAACCCAUACAGGGGAGAAACCUUUUGAGUGCUCAGAGUGUGGAAAGAGAUUCAGUCACAGAGAAACUCUUCAAAAGCAUCAGAGCACCCACACAGGGGAGAAACCUUUUGAAUGCUUAGAGUGUGGAAAGACAUUCAGCCAGAGUGGUGCUCUUCAUCAGCAUCAAAUAAUCCACACAGGAGAGAAACCGUUUGAAUGCUCAGAGUGUGGAAAAAGCUUCAGACAUAGUAGCAAUUUUUGGUAUCAUCAAAGAACCCACACAGGAGGGAAACCGUUUGAAUGCUCAGAGUGUGGAAAGAGAUUCAGUCAGAGUGGCUGUCUUAAAAGACAUCAAAGAACACACGCAGUAGAGAAACCUUUUCAAUGCUCAGAGUGUGGAAAGAGUUUCAGUCAAAGCAGCCAUCUUCAAAGGCAUCAUAACAUCCACACAGGGAAGAAGCCUUUUGAAUGCUCAGAGUGUGGAAAGAGAUUUGGGCAGAGUUUCAGUCUUCACUAUCAUCAAAGAACCCACACAGGUGAGAAACCAUUUGAAUGCUCAGAGUGUGGAAAGAGUUUCAGUCAAAGCAGCAAUCUUCAAAGGCAUCAUAAAAUCCACACGGGUGAGAAAUCUUUUGAAUGCUCAGAGUGCGGAAAGAGAUUCAGCCAGAGUUGCCAUCUUCAAAAGCAUCAAAGAAUACACACAGGGGAGAAACCUUUUGAAUGUUUGGUGUGUGGAAAGAAAUUCAGUCAGAGUGGCGAACUUAAGCGGCACCAGAGAACUCACACAAGUGAGAAACCUUUUGAAUGUUUAGAGUGCGGAAAGAGCUUCAGGUUGAGAGACCAACUUCAGCGGCACCAGAGAACUCAUAAGAACAUAAGAACAUAA